GCAUCAAUUCUUUGGUGCUCAGCCUUUCUUUAUGGUCUAGCUCUCACAUCCAUACAUGACGACUGGAAACACCAUGGCUUUGGCUAUGCAGACCUUGAUUAGUGUGGACUUACUGUUAGUUUUCAUUUUCAGGCAUGAAGUGCAGCUGCCUACCUUUUCCUUUGUGUUAUUAGCAUCUCUUCUGCAUGUGAGAGGGACUUUUUUCCUGAAAGGCUAGUGUACCUCGUAGAGACAGUGCUCUUUUUUGACACCUGAAGAAAAAUUGUUAGGAGUAUAGAAAUCUUGAAAAAAAUCAUCUUAGUCUUGGUUUCUGGGGAUCUCCUUUAUUUAAAGAUGCCUGCUAGGAAUUCCCUGGCGGUCCAGUGGUUAGGACUCCAGCCUUUCCCUGUCAAGGGCUAGGCUUCAAUCCCUGGUCAGAGAACAAAGAUCCCCAAGCCACACAGCAUGGUAAAAUUAAAAAAAAAUAAAGACGCCUGCUUCCUUUGUCCUCCUCAUUUUGGAUGCUCGAGUUCCCUCUUCUACCUCUCUCCUGUUCUGAGACCUUUAAAGUUAAGAGUGAAAAGGAUAAGGCAAGAAAUUAUGGACCCUGCGAUGCAAGCGUGUCCUCGAGGGCCGGGUAACCAACUGUGGGUGACGAGGCGACAGAGGUGGGUCUCGAGUGCCCCUCCAGGCCUCAAGUACCCCGGGCCGCUGGCGCUUGCCGUUGCCUGCCCCUGCCGGCCCCUCCCAGGAGUGUGUAGAGCGCAUGUGCAGAGGCGUGCGGAGCCAGCGCGGCGAGGACCAUGUUGCUUCUGAACAUCCUGCUCACCGGUACACCAGGGGUUGGAAAAACUACAUUAGGCAAAGAACUUGCAUCAAGAUCAGGACUGAAACACGUUAAUGUGGGUGAUUUAGCUCGAGAAGUUUGAUCACCGGAUAUCAUGGAGUCUGGCAAGAUGGCUUCUCCCAAGAGCAUGCCGAAAGAUGCACAGAUGAUGGCACAAAUCCUGAAGGGUAUGGGGAUUACAGAAUAUGAACCAAGAGUUAUAAAUCAGAUGUUGGAGUUUGCCUUCCUAUAUGUGACCACAAUUCUAGAUGAUGCAAAAAUUUAUUCAAGUCAUGCUAAGAAAGCUACUGUUGAUGCAGAUGAUGUACGAUUGGCAAUCCAGUGUCGUGCUGACCAGUCUUUUACCUCUCCUCCCCCAAGAGAUUUUUUAUUAGAUAUUGCAAGGCAAAGAAAUCAAACCCCUUUGCCAUUGAUCAAGCCAUACUCAGGUCCUAGAUUGCCACCUGAUAGGUAUUGCUUGACUGCUCCAAAUUAUAGACUUAAGUCUUUACAAAAAAAGGCAUCUACUUCUGCAGGAAGAAUAACAGUUCCACAGUUAAGUGUUGGUUCAGUUACUAGCAGACCAAAUACUCCCACGCUUGGCACACCAACCCCACAAGCCAUGUCCGUUUCAACUAAAGUAGGGACUCCAGUGUCCCUCACAGGGCAAAGGUUCACAGUACAGAUGCCCACUUCACAGUCCCCAGCUGUAAAAGCUUCAAUUCCUGCAACAUCAGCAGUUCAGAAUGUUCUAAUUAAUCCGUCAUUAAUUGGGUCCAAAAAUAUUCUUAUUAACACUAACAUGGUCUCAUCACAAAAUACUGCCAAUGAAGCAUCAAAUGCAUUGAAAAGAAAGCAUGAUGAUGAUGAUGACGAUGAUGACGACGACGAUGACUGUGAUAAUUUGUAAUCUAGCCUUGACGCAUGUAACAUGUAUACUUGGUUUUGAAUCUAUUGUACUGAGAUUAAACAUGCAUGCUAGAUGUUUCCAUGUUGUGUUCUAGAAAAAAUAGUAUUUAAUGAGUAAAUAUGCUUACCAUA